CGAAGGGGCGGUAGCGACAGCGGGGGCUACUCCCCCCUCCCACCCUCCCGCGUGUGCCCAGCUCCUGUCGCCGCGGCCGGGUCCGCCCUCUUCCUCCCUUCCGCCCCCGAGUGCGGCGGCACCGCCUUCUUCUGCGCCGCGCGGCUUCUUCUAGACCUCUUGGCGCGGGUGAUACCUAUUCCCAGAGGCAGCUGGUGGCUGACCCUGUAACCCUAAAGAGGAAAUCGCUGACUGAGCUCAACCUCGGUGGCCACCAUGUCCUUGAAGAUCCAGACAAGCAACGUAACCAACAAGAAUGACCCCAAGUCCAUCAACUCUCGAGUCUUCAUUGGAAACCUCAACACAGCUGUGGUGAAGAAGUCAGAUGUGGAGACCAUCUUCUCCAAGUAUGGCCGUGUGGCCGGCUGUUCUGUGCACAAGGGCUAUGCCUUUGUUCAGUAUGCCAAUGAGCGCCAUGCCCGGGCGGCUGUGCUGGGAGAGAAUGGGCGGGUGCUGGCCGGGCAGACCCUGGACAUCAACAUGGCUGGCGAGCCCAAGCCUAACAGACCCAAGGGAUUAAAGAGAGCAGCAUCUGCCAUUUACAGUGGCUACAGCUUUGACUAUGAUUACUACCGGGACGACUUCUAUGACAGGCUUUUUGACUAUCGGGGCCGCCUGUCACCAGUGCCUGUGCCCAGGGCUGUCCCCGUGAAGCGACCCAGGGUCACAGUCCCUUUGGUCCGUCGUGUCAAAACCACCAUUCCUGUCAAGCUCUUUCCCCGUUCCACAGCCAUCAACACCAGCUCAGUCAAGAUCAAGUUAAAGAGCAGUGAGCUGCAGACUAUCAAGACAGAGCUGACGCAGAUCAAGUCCAACAUCGAUGCCCUGCUGGGCCGCUUGGAACAGAUUGCCGAGGAGCAGAAGGCCAACCCAGAUGGCAAGAAGAAGGGCGACAGUGGCAGUGGUGGUGGCAGUGGCGGUGGCAGUGGCAAUGGGAGUGGCAGCGGUGGCGGCAGCGGCAGUGGCAGUGGUGGCGGCAGCGGCACUGGUGGCGGCAGUGGCAGUGGUGGCAAUAGCCGGCCACCGCCCCCUCAAGAGGACACAGCUUCUGAGGCAGGAACACCGCAGGGAGAAGUACAAGCUCGAGAUGACGGCGAUGAGGAGGGGCUGCUGACACACAGCGAGGAAGAGCUGGAUCACAGCCAAGACACAGACGCGGAGGAUGGGGCCUUGCAGUGAGCAGCCUGACAGGAGUGAUGGCCACUGGCAGAAGAAGAGCGUGCACUGUACCAGGCCUCAAGCUGGGCACCCACCCCUGGAUGCCACCCCAGCGGGUCCCAGAGGAGAGUUGACAGCAGGCACCUGACCCCAUGCAUCCCAGCCAGUGCUACAUCCUCUGCAGGUGGAGUUACUGGCCUCCCCUCCCCACAUACCUUCCCUGUUGUCACUGCCCAGACCAGAGGGCAGAGCACAGAGUUUUCCCACGCUCUGCCUCCUGUCCCCAAGACACUCCUAGGCUUGGGGUUUUUCUAUAGGUUUGGUGAGGGGUGGGGGGCACAGGAGGGGACCCUGACAAUAAAGAGAUUGGAUCCCUA